CGAAGCGUUAAGAAGUCACUAUAUCUGUUAACAUGUCUGAAGUAGGUGUAGGAGCUCAAGCUCCAUUAAUAACGUGUUCCGACUGUUGUGAACCUUUUGUGUGUACAUGCUCUCUAUGUGACACUAAACUGUGUAGAAAACACAUGAAUACUCACAUGGAUACAGUUCACAUGCUAUCUGACGGUGCCACCGAUAACACAAAAUGCCCUAUUCAUUCACAAAACUCUCUUAAAUGCUUCUGUAGAACUUGUAGCCUCCCUUUAUGCUAUGAGUGUGUUACGGAUGGCGGCCAUGUUUCCCAUGAAAAAAGUGAUCUAGAGGCUAUUUUGGAAUUCUUUAAGGAAGUAAUUGCCAAUGAAAAUCAAGAAUUAAUGAAUCACAUAAAGCCAUUUUAUCAAAAGGUACUGGAUAAUACAGAGGAAAAUCUGAAGAAAAUGGCGAUGAGCUGUAAAGACGUGAAAAAGGCCAUCAGACAGAUGGGAGAAUUUUUGAAUAAAGAAAUUGAGAAGGCAGUUGAAAAUUUAUGUCAGACUAUAGAUAAAAAAGAAAAGGAAGAAACAGAACAGCUUCUGAGUCAAAAAGAGACGUAUUCGAAAAGAAUUCACCAAAUAGAUGAUACUGUUGCAAACAAUGAGCAGUUGAUGACUUCCAAAAAUCCUGUGGAUAUAGCAUCUUUUACCUCGAGCACUGCUUACUUUCAUGUGAACCCUAGCCUAGUGAAAGUACAGUUUCCUCAAUUCACACCAAAUGAAAACUGCAAAAUGAUUCAAGAAACAAUUUUGGUACUUUUAGGAAAUUUUACUUUCCAUGCCCCAGACUGUGAGGUGCCUGAUUUAGUAUUUGACAAUGCUAAAUGUGUGGAAAUGCAACUCCUAGAGAAACCAAAGGUUCUGAAAAGUCUCAAAAAUGAAUUUCCUGUCGAUAAAAAUAAUCACAAAUUAUACAAUUUGUCUUGCAUAACCUCGGAUGAAGCUCUCAUUGGUGGAAACAGCAAAUCACUUUUCUUAAGGAAAUGUUCUUCCGAAGUUUCUAAACAGUUCCAGACUGUCGAAAUUACUUGUGAAGGUCUCCAUUUUGUGGUAUCAUCCAAAGGGAUUCUUUUUUACUCAGACAAAACGGAUAGGUCUAUUAAAAGGAUUGCCUCAAAACAAAUUUCUACUUUCCUGAAAUUUGAAAAACUGGAACCGAAAGGAUUAAGCCUGACCUCCUCUGGUCAUUUGCUUGUCUGUCUUUACCGACGAAAUGGGUCCAAGGUCGCGAGAUACAAUAAAACUGGACAGAUUGUACAAGAAAUCCAAUACAAUAGCAACCAAACGCUACUCUAUGAACAUCCCAAGUUUAUAUGUUGCAACAGGAAUGGAGAUAUUUGCACAGUAGACUAUGCAAAACGAACCGUUAUUGUCGUUGAUCAAUUUGGUAUCAUGAAAUUUUCCUAUACUGGUCGCAGUGUUCUCGAAAAAGGCCAAACAUUUAGCCCUUGUGGUAUAGCUACAGAUCAUCUAUGCAACAUUUUAAUAACCGAUCUUGAAAACAACAAGAUUCAUCUUCUUGACAAAUAUGGGAAGUUUAUUCGUUUUUUGGAACCAGAUACUGGGAUAAGGAGUCCAAGAGCCAUCACUUACUCGAUUACAUGUAGGUGA